AUGACCAAAAACCUCAACAACAUGAAGACCAAGACGAUCCCCCGUCGUGCUCCGUUCCAAGUCCGUUUCCGACCUGUCUCCUCCACCCGACCCAAUGUCACGAUCCCCAAACACAAGUCGGAAACAAAGUUUGUUCCAUCUCCAUCUCCAUCGCGGCACAUGGGUACUUACACUCCAUCUCAUCAUCACACGCUCACUCCGUAUUCAGAUCAUUAUCACAUGGACACCUCCACUCCGACUCAUCUCACUCCGACUCAUCAUCCUCGACCGGCCACACCAUAUCCUCACUACAUGGGUACCUCCACUCCAUCUCAUCGCCCGGCCACACCAUACCCUCAUCACACGCUCACUCUCACCCAAAAAUCAUCCUUCCUCCCUUCGCCGCUGAUGCGCCACCUGGCCCAGUCGGCCAAUGACAAGCUGGAGCAGGGGUAUGGCGAGUCGGCGCUGGAAAGCAAGUUGGCCGACCUGACGCGUCGUGUGGAAGCUCUGGAACGGAACGUGGAAAGGUCUUAG